AUGACCACCAAACCAUCCUCCACUGCCACCCCGCUCAGCCAUGUUUUUCAGGGAGGAUAUGCCCAUCCCCUCACGCAGUCCCUCCAGGCUGAACGAUCCCUGACGAAAGACAUGGUGAUGUUCCCGCUCUUCAUCAUUGACGAUCCAGAUGCCAAACGACCUAUCAAUUCUUUUCCGAAUCAGUAUCAAUUAGGAAUAAACGUACUCGAAAGUUUCCUCCGCCUGUUGAUCGAGAAAGGAUUGCGGUUGGUCAUCUUAUUUGGGGUACCUAUGAACUGCGAAAAGGACGCUGGAGGGACACCAGCAGAUGAUGAGACGGGCCCGACGAUCUCAGCAAUACGGUUAUUGAAGGAGAAGUUUCUGAGUCUUUUCGUUGCAGCGGACGUAUGUUUGUGCGAAUACACGGAGCAUGGCCAUUGUGGUUUUGCACCAGGCCGGCCGGGGGGCAAGAUUGACACGCCAGUCUUGGUAGCCCGGAUAGCUGCGGUGGCAUUGAGCUAUGCCCAGGCGGGUGCGGACUGUAUGGCUCCAAGCGACAUGAUGGACAGCAGAAUAGGAGCCAUCAAGAAGGCUCUGUUUGAUGCCCGACUGGCUAAUCGGUGCUGUCUCAUGUCCUACUUGGCCAAAUUUGCCAGUGCACUCUACGGCCCCUUUUGGGCAGCCGCUUGUUCGGCACCAUCAUUCGGUGACCGCAAGGGAUAUCAACCCCCGCCCAACGCUCGAGGACUAGCAAAGAGAGCGAUUAUUCAAGAUAUAUCCAAAGGAGCGGAUAUAAUAAUGGUCAAGCCGGCCCAGAAGUAUCUAGAUGUACUUUCGGAGGCCCGCUCCUUGGCACCUUCUCAUCCGUUAGCCUGUUGCCAGGUUUCAGGAGAAUACGCUGCCCUCUUAGCCGGUGCGGACACCGGGGUCUACGAGUUGAAACCAAUGGUCCUCAAAACUUUGGAUUGCAUGCUCCGUGCUGGUGCCACUCUAAUUCUGACUUACUUUACUCCAAUGCUGCUUGAUUGGCUGUAA